CCUCUUUUCAGACUUCAAUCUAAGCAGUUCACUUCUCUGUAGUCUUACAUUAUUUUCUCAGUAUUACAGAUUACGUCUUAGAAGAAGCAGACAUGAUUCUUCUUGCUGUGCUUUUUCCUUGCAUCAUUGCUACCUACUCAGCAUCUGUGAAGGGCCACAAUACUGGUCCACGAAUAAACAACGACAAGAUAUAUAAAUUCACUUAUUCCACAGAAGUAUUUCUCAAUAGAGUAAAAGAUUUGCCACAGGACAGUGUGGGUUACCGAAUUUCAUCUGGAGUGGAUAUCAACCUGUUGUGGAGAAAUCCCAAUAACUAUGAUGAUCAGUUGAUCAAAAUCACGAUUACAGAUGUAACAGUUGAAAAUUUAAAGGAGAGACCUGCACAGAAAAACAUUUUUGAAAGAAAAAAGACAGAUCAAAUAAUAGGAAAGGAGCAUCUGGUGUCUUUAAAAAGGCCUGUAAUUCUGCACUGGACUCAUGGAAAGAUUAAAAGCUUUUAUUCAUAUGAAAAAGAACCUGCUGUUACUCAGAAUCUCAAGAGAGGUCUGGCCAGCUUGUUCCAGAUACAGUUGCAUUCUGGAGAUGCUCGUGAGGUGGAUAUCUGCGGGAAAUGUAAUGUUACUUACCAAGCGCGACAAAAUCAAAUCACUAAAAUUAAAGCUUGCAAAUUAGAACGGACGGGUUUUACCAGCCACAAUCGGUUCUUAGGUGUCAGCAAGAAAUCCACUUCAGCCACCAUUUAUGUACUGGAGGACACUUUUAUUAAGUCUGUGCGAGCAGAAGAGAACCAUGUUUUAAGUGCAAAUGUUCGGCGGGCAACUGAUGCAAAAAUAGUUUCAAAGCAGAAACUGGAACUGAAGUCAAUAGAAGGUGGCCCAAGAAUGAUGGCUGGGAAGCAAGUUGCUAAUAUUAUCAAGGCUCUGGAUUCAAAUUAUGUUUCCAUUUCACUAAUGGCAGAGCCAGUCUCAGAUGAAUGCAAAAACUGUCCUUCGCUCUUCCAGCAGUGGCAGGACAUCCGAAAACGGCUGCAACCUGAAAACCUUUCAAAAGCUGAUGCUGCAAAAGGAUUUUUGUCCUUCAUUAAAAAUCUGAGGAAAGCUACCAAAGAAGAAAUCUUUCAGAUACUGAGAAGCGAAAGCAACAGAGAAAUACUUCCCCAGCUGGUUGACGCUGUAGCGUCUGCACAGACCUCAGCCUCUCUAGAAGCUAUGGUGAAUUUUCUGGAUUUCAAGAACAAGAGUGGGUCUGUCCUUCAGGAACGGUUCCUCUAUGCCUGUGGGUUCACGUCUCAUCCUAAUGAGUUACUACUCAAAUCUUUAAUUAAAAUAUAUAACAGCCAGAUUGGGAGCAGUGAAAUUCGAGAAAUGGUUGUUAUCAUUGCUGGGGCACUCGUAAGAAAGCUGUGUGACAUUGGUGGCUGCAAACUGCCUGCUGUUAUGGAAGCCAAAAAAUUAAUACUGGGCAACUUGGAAAAGACAAAUAAAGCUGAUGAUGUGAAGGUCUAUCUUUUGGCAUUAAAGAAUGCCCUUUUGCCAGAAGCUAUCCCGGUGCUCCUGAAAUAUGCAGAGUCAGGAGAAGGACCCAUCAGCAAUGUUGCUGCUACUGCCCUGCAGAGAUAUGACUACUCUUUCAUAAACAGUGAGGUGAAGAAGUCAAUGAACAGAAUUUAUCACCAGAAUCGUAAGGUUCAUGAGAAGACUGUCCGUACCACAGCAGCUGCCAUUAUCCUCAGCAACAAUCCUUCUUUUAUGGAAGUUAAAAACCUCCUGCUUUCCAUUGGAGAACUGCCAUUGGAAAUGAAUAAGUACAUGCUUUCUCUAGUCCAGGACAUUCUGCGUUUUGAAAUGCCUGCCAGUAAAAUGAUCCGCAGAGCUCUGAAGGACAUGUUGAUUCAUAACUAUGACCGCUUCUCAAAGAUGGGUUCUUCUUCGGCUUUCUCUGGAUAUCUGACACGUAGCCCAGAUCUUUCCUCUACGUAUAGCCUGGACAUACUCUACUCUGGCUCCGGUAUCUUAAGAAGAAGUAACAUGAAUAUCUUACUUUUCAACAAAUUUGGUCAAUUUCAUGCCAACCAGGUUGUGAUUGAAGCUCAGGGUCUGGAAUCGAUUAUAGCAGCAUCUGCAGAUGAAGGAGAAGAAGAUCUGGAGUCCUUUGCUGGCAUGUCAGCAAUUGUGUGUGAUGUUCAGCUUAGGCCAGUUACUUUUUUCCAUGGAUAUGGUGAUUUAAUGUCUAAAAUGUUCUCAGCUACUGGAGACCCCAUAAAUGUUGUAAAAGGACUCAUUCUCCUGACAGAUUACUCACAGGAAAUCCAGCUGCAAUCUGGGCUGACCUGCAGCACUGAAUUCCAAGCAGGCAUAGCCAUUGAUGUCUCCGGAAAAAUGGAGUUUAGCCUUUGGUACAGAGAAUCCAAAACUAUUGUUAAAACCCGAGGUGCAGUGGCAGUAGUUGGCAACAUUGCUGUGGAUGCUUCUUUUGUGAAAGCUGGCAUGGAAACUAGUUCUGAAAUUGAAACAACACUGGAUUUUGUCUCAACUGUGCAGUUUUCACAGUAUCCCUUUUUAGUCUGCAUACAGAUGGACAAAAGUGAAAGCCCAUUCAGGCAAUAUUUAACUAAAUAUGAAGGCCUACCAUCUGGAAAACAUUAUAUUUCCCGGAAAGGAAAAGUAAGACUGCUGGAGGGUUCCGAAUACCCACUUCACCAAGAAAACUCCAACAUGUGCAGGAAUGUUUUCAGUGACCAGCCUGACUCUUCAGAAAGUUGGUUUUGAGACAAAUAUUUGAAGUUUAAUUUGGCCGAUCUUGACUGGUGUUGAUUUUCCCAUGACGCUGCACUAGUUUAGGGCCUAAAUCUAUGACACUCACAUUGAUGAGAACUUUGAGAACAACUUCAGGAGGCCCAGAAUCAAAUCUUGAGCGUAUGUGCACUGUGUUUACAUAUUUUCAUAUAUUUAAAAGAUUUUUUUGUCGGUAACAAGCUAUAGCAAGAAUUUAACUUGAUGCAAUUCCAGGUACUCACAGAGGGCCUAACUAGAGGUAAUAUGAAGACGUGCUUGGUUCUUUCAAAGUAUCUCCUUUCGAGAGAGGGGGCCAAGUAGCUGAAAAAUACCAGGACAAGCAGGCACCUUGAAUUGGUGCUAUAAUGCUGGACAUGUUUUCUUUUUUCCCAAAAAUUAUUCCAAUUUAAUUCUGCAAUGUAUGCUUUUCUCCUGCUGAUACUAAAGCCAGAAAAUCUCUUAGAGGCAGGAAAACGUUUUGUACUGUAUUGCCAUUUCCACACCCCUACAUAUAAUAAUUUCAGUACUUUCAGACUGGGAACAAAUUAAUCUUCCUUUCUUCAACACGACAGCUCUGUUCCAAAUUGUUGAUGCACCCAGCUGUUUUUAACCGUACAAAUAUCAUGGCUAGUCACUGAGACUCAGUACCACUUUGUUGAGAAACACAUUAAGCAUACAAUUGUUUUUUAAACUAGCUAAUGUAAAUGUAUAUGGCUUUCAUUGGUGUUUUUGAAAAUUAGGUUGUAACAUAGAAAAAAAUUAUUAUUUAUGUCUCCCUGUCUAUAGAUAGUGCACUAUACAGUGACCUUACUCCAUACCAGACCUGCUGCCAAAAAUUGAUCAAUUUAGUAGCAUGUUUUUUAAAAGCAGAUGCUGAUGGCAACAGUUUUCUGUACUAGUAUGGUGCAUCUGUCAAGCUUGGUUUUGUUGAGAUUCUUGUUUUUGCCACUGCUCAGCUGGUAGUGUAUGAGGAUUUUUUUUUAGUGGCACAGAAAUUUGUAUGUAUUUUAUGUGCAUUUUUCAAAUGUAUUUUUGUGCAUGUUCCUCAAAUGUAUGUACCCAAACGUACUAAAGUACCCUGUUUCCCUGAAAAUAAGACCUAAUCUGAAAAUAAGCCCUAGUAUGAUUUUUCAGGAUGUUCGUCAU